UUGUCUCUUGUUUGUGCAUCAAGUUAAACGGAAAGCUCCUCAUUAAACAUGAACUCCAAACAUCAAGAGCAAACAAUUUUGGAUGUUGGGGAAUGGGAGCAGAAGUUUCAAGAACUGAUGCAGGAGGUGAAACCCCGGCACAGAUGGACCUUGAAGUUUGAUGAGACUCUUCAGCCAGACUGUGUGGCCCAAGGCUGGAAGCAAUACCAGCAGAAAGCAUUUGGGAGGUUCCGGUGUUCCUCGUGCCAGCGACGUUGGGCUUCUGCCAAGGUGCAGGUCCUGUGUCAUAUGUACCUGGAGCCCCGACAGUCCCAGGGCCAUGUGCUUAUGCGGCUCUUUGCUCAGAGGUGCCAGAAGUGUUACGGGGCUCAAUUUGAGAAGCCUGAGUUCUCCAUCGAUAGUGCCAUGAGGAUUUUGAACAAUCUGGUGUACCGCAUUCGGGAGAGAUGCUAUGGAAAUGGCAUCAGGAAGUUCUCAGAGAUACCAGUGAUCCCGGAAUUGCCUUUGGAAGGGUCCCAUGACAUGGCCAAUUGUGAGGCUUGUGCUCUGGGAUGCUGUGUACUGAGCUCACAAGACUGCAAGACAAAACCAUCCAACUCCUCUUUCUCCUACAUGGAGAUUGGGAGCUUUGAUGACAUAUUCAGCCAAAACCAAGCCAUGAACCAGUCAGCUAAGGCAAAGGAGGCUCAAAGGAGUGGGGAUUCCUAUGAGCAUAAGAGGUCAGGGCCCAGCCAUGCCACUGCUGGAACCCAAGUGCUUGGGGCAAGCUCUCAGCCCAAACGGGAGACAAGCCGACAACCGACACCAGGGUCAGACCAGCAGGCUGCACAUAGAACAGGGUCACAGCCCAUCCAAGUAUCAAGGUCACUUCCCUCAGGGUGGACAACCCUACAGCCCACACGAGCAGUAGGCUCAUUAUCUUCACAGGGGGCAAAUUCACAAUCUGCCCUGGGGACAGGACCACAGACCCCCCAGAAGACAUAUUCUCAGGCUGUAAGGCAGGUCAGCCAACAGUCUAAACAGGAGACAGUUUCACAGGCCACACAAGGGGCAGGUCUUCAGGCCACAAAGAAAAUAGACGUACAGCCCACACGGAGGGUAAGCCCCACAGCUACACAUGGAUCUGGGACCUUCAAUGGAACUCAAGGUGUCUAUAGAAGGCAGGAGAGUUAUUCACCCAGAGGGUCUGCUCCCGACAGCUUUUACAGAUCUUCUACCAAAACACCACCAAAUGACUCCUUUGGCCUAAACUUAUUCAGGUGGGGCCGUGACCGUGUUGCUGAUCUGUGGAACUUUGUUGCAUCCAAAUACUUUUAAAUAGAAUGAUAAAAAUAGGCUAGUUUUCUCCUCUUGUUUUAAUUUCAUGGUAAUCAAUGAACUAGCUGCCAUUUUAAUGUAACAAAGAAUUUGCUUUGAUACCAGGCAAAGUCAAGUUUGUAGACUAAGCACCGGUUUCCUGUACUUCCUUUGCAGAUAGUAUAAAACAUGACCUAGCAGAUAAUAAUUCUAAUAAUAAAUAUUUGUUAAAUGA